AUGUUGUUCUUCAAAGCUUCCAUCUUUCUCUUUUUCGCCACGUACCAAUUAUUAUUCCGAUCAAUCUCAUGCGUCGACUUCAUCUACAACUCCAAUUUCACCACCACCAACACACUUCUCGUCGGCGCCACCGUGGACUCUCCGCCGUCGAUCCUCACCCUCACCAACGAAACAACUCUCUCCAUCGGACGUGGUCUCUACCCUUCAAGAAUCCCCGCCGUUUCAUCCGCCUCGCCGCUCCCUUUCGCCACAUCCUUCAUCUUCUCCAUAGCUCCUUACAAAAACAGGCUCCCUGGCCACGGCUUCGCCUUUGUCUUCCUCCCUUCCUCCGAAACAACCUCCGCAACUUCAGCUCAGCAUCUCGGCAUGUUCAAUCUGACCAAUAACGGCGACCCUAGUAACCGAAUCUUCGGAGUCGAAUUCGACGUCUACCCCAACGAAGAGUUCAACGACAUCAACGACAACCACGUCGGCGUCGACGUCAAUUCCCUUACCUCUGUUUCAUCUACUGUCGCCGGUUUCUACGGAGGCAGAGACGGAGAGAGAUUCACGGAGCUGAGGCUUAACAGCGGCGAUAACUACCAAGCGUGGAUCGAGUUUAACGGGACAGCGAUCAACGUCACGAUGGCUAGAGCUGGCUCUGGGAAACCCGUACGACCUCUCAUAAGCAUUCCACUGAAUCUCACCGGAGUUUUACUCGAUGAUAUGUUCGUCGGGUUCACUGGUUCCACAGGAGUGCUAGUGCAGAGCCACAGGAUCCUCUCAUGGAGCUUUAGCAACUCUAAUUUCUCCAUCGGCGAUGCUUUAAUCACUAGAAACCUCCCUUCAUUUAAAUUGAGAGAUGGCUCUGUUUUUAAGUCUAAAGGCUUCAUCGCUGGUGUCUCUGUUAGUGCUGUUCUGUUACUUGUCUGUGUUAUUGUGCUUCUUCUCUAUGUUGUAAGGCGGCGAAGACAGCGACUAGAAGAUGAUGUGGAAGAUUGGGAAACAGAGUAUUGGCCUCACAGAGUGCAGUACAGAAACGUUUUGGAAGCAACAAAAGGGUUCUCGGAAGAGAAUAUGAUCGGAUACGGAGGGAACUCGAAGGUGUAUAGAGGAGUGUUGGAAGGCAAAGACGUGGCGGUGAAGAGAAUACUGAUAAGCCCUCGUGAGAGCGUGGCUGGGACGAGUGAGUUUUUAGCUGAGGUCUCGAGCUUAGGGAGGCUAAGACACAAGAAUAUAGUUGGACUAAAAGGUUGGUGCAAGAAAGGAGGAGAGAGUCUGAUAUUGGUUUACGAGUAUAUGGAGAAUGGAAGCGUGGAUAAGCGGAUAUUUGAUUGCAAUGAGAUGUUGAAUUGGGAGGAAAGGAUGAGAGUGAUGAGAGACGUAGCCUCAGGGAUGCUGUAUCUACACGAAGGGUGGGAGACAAAAGUGUUGCAUAGAGACAUAAAGUCGAGCAAUGUGUUGCUUGACAAGGAUAUGAACGCGAGGGUAGGUGAUUUCGGGUUGGCUAAGCUGCAGAACGCAAGGAAAGAGAUGGUUAGCACGACACACGUGGUUGGAACAGCGGGUUAUAUGGCGCCUGAGCUGGUUAAGACAGGGAGAGCGUCUGUGGAGACCGAUGUGUAUAGCUUUGGAGUGUUUGUGUUGGAGGUGGUGUGUGGAAGGAGGCCAAUAGAGGAAGGAAGAGAAGGGAUAGUGGAAUGGAUGUGGGGGCUCAUGGAGAAAGACCAAGUGGUUGAUGGCUUAGACGAGAGGAUAAAGGCGAGAGGGAAGUUCGAGACCAAAGAAGUAGAGAUGGCAUUGAGAAUAGGACUGUUGUGUGUGCAUCCUGAUCCGAGGGUGCGUCCAAAGAUGAGACAAGUGGUGCAUAUAUUGGAACAAGGGAGACUGAGUGAUGAUGGUGAUGAGAGGGAAAGAGAAGGCAUGGAAGUGAGCUUGUUGGAGAGAAUGAAGAGUUCUUACUUGUUGGGAACUGGUGAGGGAAGCCAACAACAACAACAUCCUACGUUCUUAGAUGUUUGGAACUCCUCUUUUUAUUCUAAUUCUUUUGAGGGUUCUGACUCUUUUCUUCAAGGAAGGUGA